UGGGACCGAGCCAUUCAUGCACAACCAUGCCUGGCCUAAACGCCUAGUGGGUGAUCCUCUUGAUUGAUGAAAUGGGGAAUCCUUCCUGCCACCAAUUCCUGCCUGUCAUCUGUCUCGCCCGCCCCACUGCUGCACAUCGAAUUCAGCAAAUCCAUCCUUCUCCUUCAAAGACAUAAAGAGGAAAAAAAAAGAAGAAUCCAGCUCGUAGUGGCAGCCCAUCCAUGUCCAUGCCUAUAUAUACCGGACGCCCUCCGGCCCGACGUGCUCGUGCUCGUCCUCGCCCAGCACCGUAACCACCGGACAGAGCACGCACGUCACCAUGAGGACCACCACCACCACCAACACUGCGCUGCCGCUCUUGGCAAUGCUCUGCCUCGCGCUGCCGCUGCUCCCCGGCGCCACGGCCAAGGCGGCACGGGCGCGGCAGGGCGACUACCUGGCGCGCCUGCGCGGGUCGCCGCGCCAGUCGCCGUGGCCGGCCGAGUCGGCGUCGCUGGCGGUCGCGUCGGCGACGGACAGAGCCGCCCGGCACGCGGCGUCCCCGCCCGUGGGGCGCAAGGAGGACGACCGCGUUGACAAGCUGCCCGGCCAGCCGUCCGGCGUGGACUUCGAGCAGUACUCCGGGUACGUGACGGUGGACGCCGCGGCCGGGCGCGCGCUCUUCUACUACCUCGCCGAGGCCGUCGGCGGCGGGUCGGCGGCCAAGCCACUCCUCCUCUGGCUCAACGGAGGCCCCGGGUGCUCAUCGCUGGGGUACGGCGCCAUGGAGGAGCUGGGCCCGUUCAGGGUGAAGAGCGACGGCAAGACGCUGUACCGCAACCCGUACGCGUGGAACAACGCGGCGAACGUGCUGUUCCUGGAGAGCCCCGCCGGCGUGGGCUUCUCCUACUCCAACACGACGGCGGACUACGGCCGGUUCGGCGACAACAAGACGGCGGAGGACGCGCUGCAGUUCCUGCUCAACUGGAUGGACAAGUUCCCCGAGUACAAGGGCCGAGACUUCUACCUCGCCGGGGAGAGCUACGCCGGCCACUACGUCCCGCAGCUCGCCCACGCCAUCCUCCGCCACGCCGCCGCCACCGCCGGCGGCGGCAAGCCGUCGUCGUCGUCGCCCAUCAACCUCAAGGGCAUCAUGAUCGGGAACGCGGUGAUCAACGACUGGACGGACAGCAAGGGCAUGUACGACUUCUUCUGGACGCACGCGCUCAUCUCCGACACGACGGCGGACGCCAUCGGCAGGUACUGCAACUUCAGCGCCGCCGCCGCGGGCUCCGACAAGUGCGACGAGGCGACGUCGGAGGCCGACGAGGCCCUGGAGGACAUCGACAUCUACAACAUCUACGCGCCCAACUGCCAGUCCGACGACCUCGUCUCGCCGCCGAUCACACCCUCGAUGGACAACUUUGAUCCGUGCUCGGAUUAUUACGUGAACGCGUACCUCAACGACCCGGCUGUGCAGAGUGCGCUCCACGCCAACGUCACCCGCCUCGACCACCCCUGGUCCGCCUGCAGUGAUGUCUUGAGACGCUGGACUGACAGCGCCACGACCGUGCUGCCAAUUCUCACGGAGCUCCUCAAGAACGACGUCAGGGUCUGGGUGUACAGUGGAGACACCGAUGGGAGAGUGCCGGUCACUUCCAGCAGGUACUCCGUGAACCAGCUCCAGCUCCCAGUCGCUGCAAAAUGGAGGGCAUGGUUCAGCAGCACUCAGGGCGCCGGAGAGGUGGGUGGCUACGUUGUGCAGUACAAGGGCAAGGAGAAGGGCAGCCUGAGCCUGGUCACCGUGAGAGGAGCCGGCCACGAGGUGCCCAGCUACCAGCCAAAGCGAGCGCUCGUGCUUGUCCAGAAUUUCCUUGCAGGCAAAACGCUCCCUGACUGCAAAACAUGCGAGUCGGCUUAGCAUUCCCAAAAGUACAGAGACUGCACCGGCAGCAUUACAAAAACAUGUAUCCAUUUGAUCCAGUACGAGAGAGAGAAAGCGAAAGCAGAUCAAGUUAUUAGAAAUAGAAACAUUAAACAUACGCACCUGCUUGCAGAUCAUGUAACUGCAGGUCUGCAGAAGGCAAUUAUAUAGUCAUAUACUCCUAGAGAGAAAUCUGUACACGAAUGAAGAUGGAAUCAAACAAAUCUUUUUUAGAGUGAUGAAAUGAAUCAACAUCACUAGAAAAGUGUGCUAAAAAAAA